ACUUUGCUCUUGCCCGGUUCACCUCUAGCAAGGGCAGCGGAGCCCGGUCCUCGCUUCGCUUCCUCUUCUUUGGUCUCCGGGAAUUUACCUUUUAAAGCCUGCUGGAUAAAAAUGCCCAGAGUCUCUUUUGAGUUUUUCCUGGGCAGGAAACAAAACCGAGGCACAAGUCCUAAUGGCUUUCGUUUCUGGAAGGGAGAAUGAUUCUGUAGGGAGACUAACCCAGUCCUGGGACCCAUUAGCAAUGUCGGGGAGAAGGAGACGCAGCGCCGUGGACUCCGCGGCUAGAAGGCUGGCCGCGUGACCCUAAGGGCGCCGUGGGAACACCUGCACCGGGUAUCCCUCCUGGACUCGAAGCCUCGCCCAUUCCUUCGCCGCGGCGCCAGGGGGCGCAGCAGGGCAGCGGGAGCGCGGCGCGUGCGCGCUGGGCGAACUGGGGGACUCCGGUGCCACCACCGGCCGCGGACAGCAUGGAGACCGCGGCGGGCGCCCAGGCUGCCGGUAGCGCAGGGCCGAGGGAGCGAGGCCUUUGCGUGCUGUGCGGCCUGCCUGCAGCGGGAAAAUCGACCUUCGCGCGCGCCCUGGGCCGCCGGCUGCGGCAGGAGCGAGGCUGGACCGUGGGCGUCCUCUCCUACGACGACGUCCUCCCAGACGCCUCCCUGGAUUCCGAGGGCGCGCGGCCGCCGCCAUCCCAAUGGAAAAUGCUUCGACGGGAACUGUUGAAGUACCUGGAAUGCUUCUUGACUGCUGUCAUUAGCGGGUGCCAGAUGUCUGCCCCACCCAACAGGACUGAAGCCAUAUGGGAAAAUUUUAUAACUUGCCUAAAGGAUCAAGAACUGAUAUUUUCUUCAGCACUCGAGGCCCCAUAUUGCUAUCUCUUAGCAAAAACUGCUGUUUCUAGACCUUUAUUUUUGGUUUUAGAUGACAACUUUUAUUAUCAAAGUAUGAGAUACGAAGUCUUCCAGCUGGCUCGGAAAUAUUCAUUAGGCUUUUGCCAGCUCUUUUUAGAUUGUCCCCUUGAGACCUGCUUGCAGAGGAAUGGCCAGAGAUUACGAGCCCUGCCUCCUGAGACCAUUUAUGCAAUGGGGGAAAAGAUAGAAAAGCCCAACCCUCAGAAAAAUGCUUGGGAACACAACAGCCUCACAAUUCAGAGUCCAGCAUGUUCUUUGGAGAGCAGCCUGGAGGUGACUGAUUUAUUAUUGCUUACUGCUUUGGAAAAUCCAGUAAACAAUAUAGAGGACAAUAUGGAACAAAAGGAAAUGGACAGAAUUAUUUGUUCAACUAAUGUUCUUCAUAAAGCUGAUCAGACACUCCGAAGAAUUGUCUCUCAGACAAUGAAGGAAGCAAAAGAUGAACAAGUACUUCCUAACAACUUGAAGCUUCUAGCAGAAGAACUUAAUAAGCUCAAAGCAGAAUUUCUGGAAGACCUAAGACAAGGAAACAAAUAUCUAUGCUUUCAACCAACCACUGACCUAUCAGAUGUCACUUCUUUUUUUUGUAAUGAGAAACAUAAUAUUGUACAGAAGUAUUUUUCAAAGCAACAUUAAAAUUUCAGAAUUUCCAA